AUAAAAUGUACACAAAUUUCAUAUAUCUCCAUGGCCCCUCUCCUCCAGCUCCUCCUACUCUUCCUCUCAUUCUCUCCCAUUUCUACCCUUGACUUUAUCUACAAUUCCUUCAAUGCCACUACCAACCUCCUUCUCAUCGACGACGCCCGAGUCGACUCGUCUGUCAUCCGCUUCACCAACGAUUCCAACCAGUUCUCCAUCGGCCGCUGCUUCUACCCCGUACCCAUCAGAAUAAAACCCGGCCCCAACUCAUCUAAUAUCUCGUCUUUCACAACUCAGUUCGUGUUCUCCGUAGUCCCCCAGAUUGCCUCGAGCCCUGGCUUCGGGCUCGCCUUCGUGUUGGCCAACUCCACCGAGCCACCAGGCGCGCUCUCGGGCCAGUACUUUGGGGUUUUUAACAACGAUACUGUCCCCACUGUGGGGCCCCUCUUUGCUGUGGAGUUUGAUACGGGACAGAACGAUGAGUUCAAUGAUCCGGAUGGGAACCAUGUGGGUGUGGACUUGAAUGAUGUGGAGUCUGUGAAGACUGCGACGGGGGGUUAUUAUGAUGGGAAUGGGGGGUUUGUGAGGGUUGAUAUGAGGAAUGGGAGGAAUAUUCGUGCGUGGAUUGAGUUUAGUGGGGAGAGGUUUGAGAUUAAUGUGACGAUUGCGCCUGUGGGGAUGGAUAAGCCUGUUAGGCCUUUGCUUACGUAUCGGGACCGCAAGAUUGAGAGAUAUUUGAGUAGGGAGAUGUAUGUGGGGUUUUCGGCUUCCAAGACUACUUGGGUUGAGAGGCAGAGGGUUCUGGCUUGGAGUUUUAGUGAUUCGGGUGUGGCGAGGGAUGUUAAUACGACGGGGUUGCCUGUUUUUGAUCAUGAUUGGGGGAGUUCGGGUAAGUUGUCGAGUGGGGUUAUUGCGGGGAUUGUUGUUGGUUGUGUUGUUUUGGUUGGUUUGGGAUUGGGGGUUUGGUAUUGGGUUUGGAGGGUGUUUUGGGAUGUUGAGGUAGAGGAAGAGGAUGUUGAGGAGUGGGAGUUGGAGUAUUGGCCGCAUAGGAUAUCGUAUGAGGAGCUUUUUAAGGCGACUGAUGGGUUUUCUAGAAAUUCGGUUAUUGGUGCUGGUGGUUUUGGACAAGUGUAUAAAGGUGUGUUGGGUAAUGGCACGGAAGUGGCAGUGAAGUGUGUGAAUCAUGAUUCUAAGCAGGGGUUGAGAGAGUUUAUGGCUGAGAUUUCGAGUAUGGGGAGACUUCAACAUAAGAAUUUAGUGCCAAUGCGAGGUUGGUGUAGGAAGGCUAAUGAGUUGAUGCUUGUUUAUGAUUACAUGCCGAAUGGAAGUCUUAAUAGAUGGAUAUUUGACAGGCCUAAUAAGCUUUUGAAUUGGCAAGGGAGAGUGAGAGUUCUUGGAGAUGUUGCAGAGGGUUUGAAUUAUCUUCACAAUGGUUGGGAUCAAUUGAUCGUGCAUAGAGAUAUAAAAUCAAGCAACAUAUUGCUAGAUAGUGAAAUGAAAGGAAGAUUGGGUGAUUUCGGGCUGGCAAAGCUGUACGCGCAUGGUGAGGUGCCCACAACAACACGGGUAGUGGGCACCAUCGGUUACUUGGCCCCAGAGUUGGCAACUUCAGUAUCUCCUACAGCUGCAAGUGAUGUAUAUAGCUAUGGAGUCGUGGUUUUGGAAGUAAUGACUGGAAGGAGACCGAUAGAGAUGCAGCCGGAGAGUGAUAAUGACAUACUGUUGGUUGAUUUGGUUAAGGCUCAUUAUGAGAAAAAUAACAUACUGGCAAGUGCAGAUGAGAGGAUUAGAGGGGAGUAUGAAGUGGAAGCAAUGGAAGCAAUUCUGAAAAUUGGAUUGGCAUGUUGCAACCCUAAGCCUACUCUGCGGCCGGACAUGGGACAAGUGGUCUCCCUCUUAGUUGGUGAGGCCACACCUGCAUCACCGAGAAUGCUGUUAUCUGAAUUGACAACGAACAAGAGUUACAGAAAUGACGAUGAUGAUGAUGGAGAUAUGACGACACCUCUUCACCUUUCUGUGUAAAUACCAAGUGCAUCUUAUACCGAGGUGUAGUUUGUUUCUUAAUCUAAAACGCCAUCUGGCAUAAGUUAGCAGUUAUGACUCAUGAGUGCAGAUCUUGUGUGACAGUCUUCAGUCUUGCGUAAAGAUGUUUGUUCCAGGUUGUUUGUGUUCAUUUUGCUUUAAUUUAAUUCAGAUUCUUUUA